GGCGCCAGCCCCUAUUUUCAGAAUAUUUUCCAGGCGCAUCUAUUCCACUGUUUUACUCCUACAGCCAACACCCCCCUCAUCCCCUCCUCCCUCUCUAUCCAUCUAUAUCUUCCUCCCCUUAUCUUGACUCUUUCUCUCUCUAGCUUUCCUGUGCUUUGCAGUGGAACGCGAGAGGCAGUGACACCAAUCCUCUGAGACCCAAUCCCCAUGCGCCUUCUUCUGGGCAGAGGAUGCAGGACCGAACAGGAGGCCAUCUGAAAAAGUAGUGGGUGGAAGCAGGAGGAAGGCAAAACCCCACUUUGGAGGACUUGGGAUUCGUGCCAAUCCGAGAUCUGGCCACUCUUUCUUCCUCCGAGGAAAAGAGACAAUUAUUAAAGUGCUGCAGCUAUUUACUGAGAGAGAGAGGUAGGGUGAGCCAAGGUCCAGCAAAAAGAAAGAGAGAAAGGGGUCCAUUUUAUAGAUACAGCUUAUAGGGCGAGAGGGAGAGAGGUGAAGGGCGAAUAAAGGCCAUGCGGCGGCUGGUAGGUUUGCUCAAAUGAAAGGACGAAGAUCUGUAUACGAUCCUGCUCUACUCUACUUGCUGAUGAUGUAUCUUUUUCUUAUCUUUUCCGUUUCCUUUUCACUUCUGUCUUCUUAUGGAUUUGUUCAUGGAAGGCACAAGAUUUAAUUAGGGAGUGAGGGUUUGUUUCCUUUUAGCUUGUCUUUGGAAGCACUAACUCUUCUAUUAGGUGUACUCUUGAGAAGGCCUUUGACUCCUCAUCAUCUUCGCCAAUCCCUGGGUUCGGCGUCAUCGAUACCAUCCUCUUUAGAGAGAACACGGGCCUUAAUUAUGCUCUUCCAAAACCGGUUCUUAUAAGGUAGAGUUUCUCUCAAUUAUUGGAGCACAAGAUGGCGCAUCACCACCCAGAGAAGCUAGGGACUCUAAUCUCUCCAGCUUUCAGCUACGACGACUUCUCCUCCACUAGAAACUCCAUGAUCCAGAGCUUCGAGCCCAACCAGGAGCUCUACAGCCUUCAAGCCGGGAUGGAGAUGCUGGGGAGAGGCUUCUUCCCCAAGGUGGGCAGCAGCUCCUCCAGCAUCGGAGGGGAGCUCUCCCACUCAUCGAACGAGAAUCUUAUGGUCACAGCCGAGACCGCGGUGACAGCGACGAUGAUGAAUUCGUGGCAGCGGUCGAAUCGGAUGCUGGUCGAAGAUUCCUCGCUGAGGUGUCUAUUGCCUACCGAUGGGAACCAGCAGCCCAGCCAGGGGCUAUCCCUGUCCCUGUGCAACCCCGAGCCCUCCGAGGCCAUCGACGGCAUGGAACAUGCCUUCCGUCAGCAGCACCUCUUCUCAAAACCCACCGAAGUACUUGAAGACAGGAGGCUCUUUCCACAAUCCCAUCAGCAAGUACAGCAGCUGAAGCACUCCAAAUACUUGACUCCAGCGCAAGAACUACUCAACGAAUUCUGCAGUCUAGGUGCGGGCAGCAGUUCCUCGAAGCACAAGUCCCACAAAACAAACCAAUGGGAGGAAGGAGGGUCUUCUUCCAACUCUUCAUGGAACCAAUCCCUCUACUCUCUUGACAUUAUUGAGCUACAGAAGAGGAAGGCUGAGCUCUCGUCGAUGCUAGAAGAGGUGGAUAGGAGGUACAAGAAAUAUUGUGAGCAAAUGAGGACGGUGGUCUCGUCGUUUGAGGCGGUGGCCGGGGAAGGGGCCGCUAGGGUAUACUCUAUCCUGGCAUCCAAGGCCAUGUCGAAGCACUUCCGGUGUCUGAGGGAUGGGAUUGUCGGCCAGAUCCAGGUGACGAAAAAGGCUAUGGGAGAGAAGGACCCGGUUGCACCAGGGACGACCAGAGGUGAGACCCCGAGGCUCAAACUGCUCGACCAGUGUCUCAGACAGCAGAAAGCCUUUCAGCAGGCUGGAAUGAUGGAGAGCCACCCAUGGCGGCCGCAGCGGGGCCUACCAGAGCGCUCCGUGUCGAUCCUGCGAGCAUGGCUCUUCGAGCAUUUUCUUCACCCGUACCCCAGCGAUGUCGAUAAGCAUAUAUUAGCUCGGCAAACGGGACUCUCCAGGAGCCAGGUCAACAAUUGGUUCAUAAACGCAAGGGUCAGGCUAUGGAAACCAAUGGUGGAGGAAAUGUACUUGGAAGAAAUAAAGGAGAAGGAUAGGCAGACACCCAAUGAGGAGAACAGUAACGACAACAACCCCGGGCCUGGAAACCCUAACCCUAAUUCUAGCUCCUUACAGCUGCUUGCGGAGGACCAGAAGCCCACACUGGGGCAGCUCCUCAACGACUCAGACUCCCUCUCCUCCAUCGUCAACAGUAGCCACCACCGCACCGACGGAAGGGAUCCCACAAACAACAAGAUUUCCUACCGCGACCCCCGGCGACCACACCACCCGGCCGUCCCGAGGGCCGAGAACUUCGGUGUGGUGGACUUGGACUUCACUUCCUACGGUGAGUGCAGCAAUCCAAACUUCGGUGGUGGUGGUGUCUCCCUAACUCUGGGCUUGCAGCAGCACAACGGAGGGGGCAUGAGCUUAUCCUUCUCCCCAGCCUCUCAGCACUCUCUGCUCUUCUCCAGAGAGCAGAUGGAGGACUGCCAGCCGGGCCAGUUCUCUAUCUUAGAUGGGGAGGCUCAGAACCUUCCUUACAGAAACCUGAUGGAAGCUCAGCUGCUGCAUGACUUGGCCGGGUAGGGAGAAGUCCAGGGGGCCGGUGGGUCUCCGUGUGGGGGUCAAGGAUAGGGACAUGCUAACGGUAAGUGGGUGGAUAUGGUACACUUGACCUAUGUUUCGGGCGGGUAGGAUAAAAUGGGUAGGUGGGUCCUGUACUGUAACUAAGUUUUGGUUCCUAAGUAGAAGGGUGGGAUGUGGACAAUGUCGUCGCAUGAAUUGGGCAGAUGUGCCGUCAUUGUUUGGUGCAGGAAUAUACGUAUACGGUUUCGUAGAAUCCUUGGACACACAUUUUACUUCCACUGGUGCACCACACCACAUGGAAUACCUAGGUUUUGUAGAGUGCUGUACUAUAAGAUUUCCUUUGCUUGUAGGGUAAAUUUAUCCCCCUCCUUCCUCCUAUAUAUCUUUUUUACUCCCCCCUCAUGAAGCAUGCUAAAAUUUUUUUAUUAAUCAUUGGUGAGAUUCAA